AUGGCAGUUGGUAGCUACUUGCAUGCAAGAUAUAUUCUUUUCAAUCUCUUGACACUUCAUCAAGGUCAUAGUUAUGCCCAUGUAACCUGUGUUUUGGUUGUUCCUCGGACUCUUGGUGAUGGUGGUGGUGGUGGUGGUGGCGGUGCCAAUAUCAAAAUCUGGGUGGUCAUUGAUGCUUGGCUCCCUCUAUAUGGUUGCCGUUACUCCAUGGGCCACAUCUGUUGA